CGCUGGACAUUUAGUCGAUCUCUUGUUAGGAACUGUCAACACACGAUUACAAGGAAACGAUGACCUCCCCUAAACCAACACGUCCCAAGAUCCCCAGGACGCAUUCUGCCAAAGACAAGAAUAAGGCAGGCGCGUAUAGGCGCAUGUUUUGGCUGGUGACUGGCGCAUUUGCCGUUAUAUUAGCAUUGUAUUUCGUUGCACCGAAAGCCGGAUUAAGUGAGCCACCACGAAACGACAGUCCACCAGCAGAGGACUAUAGUAAGUACUGGACAAAGGAAAUACUGGCAGAGGGAGACGGUAAGACGUAUCCACAAAAGGGCGACACUGUUACAAUCCAUUAUACCGGGACUCUCGAUGAUGGAACAAAGUUUGACAGUUCAUGGGAUCGCAAUGACCCUAUUAAGAUCCAGAUCGGUGUAGGCAGAGUAAUCCCAGGAUGGGAAGAAAGUGUUCCUACAAUGUCGCUUGGCGAGCGUGCCAAGCUGGUCAUAUCACACCAAGCUGGGUACGGAACACGCCGCGUCGGACCGAUCCCGCCUUUGGCCACGCUGAAUUUUGAGGUUGAGCUACUGGGUAUCAAUGACAAGUCGGUUCCGGCCAAGGAAGCGUAAUUCGUCGUCCGAGACUAACAGUUCCUGGCCAUCUUGCAACAACAACAAGUUUGAAUAUAAGCUUUACACUCCUCUUGCGAUGAAUAUCACUUACCUAAAGACUA